ACCAUGGAGACCAAGAUCAACACCGUCGCCCGCAACGACCUCGCGUUGGCUUGCGACCUCGACCAGCCAACGCGGUCCAAGCGGCAGCGCAAGCGCUACAUCGACGAGAUCACCGAGCUGCGCGCCAAGGUCGCCGACUACUCGGAGCAGCUGGCCGCCUUGACGCAGCGCCAAGAGAUCGACAUCAUCUGCGCGACGCCAUGGGAGGGCAUCUCGCGGCGACAGGCUGUCGAGCGCAGCGUGGCCGAGCAGGACAAUGCGCGCUUGAAAGACGCUGUCCAGGAGCAGCUCACGACAAUUCAAACGCUCCUGCGCAUCGUACAGAAGCGGCCAAAGCUC